GAUUUUUUCUCUUUUCUUUCUCUAGUCGCGCCACUCUCCGAAACCCUUUCCGCCCUACUGUUGCCGAGGCUCCCCCUCCUAGUCCGAGAAGGUGCUGCUCCAGCCUUGAGUGCGUCAGUAUCCGGAUGUGGAGCCGCUCUCGCCCGGCGGGGACUCUGUGGCGGGGCGGAGCGCGGCGGCGUGCGCGGGGGCAGAGAGAAGGGGGCCCGUGGGCCCGGGCGCUCGCCGGACGCCGGGAGGUACCACCGCUGUCCACGGGGGAGGAGGCGGCGCCGGCAGUCGGGCGGCCACCCCGGAGCGAGGGGCUGGGGGAGAAAAAAGGCCGGCAGUUAAGCUUGCUCCCCGCUGCCCUCGCCGUCUCCCCCGGGCUAGCUUCCCCCGGCCCCCUGCGCUCCCCGCGCUCCCGGCCGGGGGAGAGCGUGGUUUCCUGGCGGCCGUCGCUGUAGCCCGGCCGGGGAGCCCGGAGGAAGCGGGGGAGUCCCCGCCCACGGCCCCCUCCCCUCUGCCCGCCCGCCGCGGCGGCGUCUGAGCCGCUGAGGUCCGGCCUCCAGUCCGAGCGGGGGGCGCGGCGGCGGCGGCGACGGCUGGAGAGCGGUUGUGGUCUUGGCGGGGACCGCGUCGCCGCCCUCGUGAAUUAUUCCCACGUCCCCCGGGGCUCCCUGCCGCUCCCGCCGGCGCCGAGAGUCCGGACCGGGCCCAACUCCCUCACGGGCCCCCCGGCGGCGGCGGCGGCAGCGGGGGAGCCCACCGCCCGGGCCCCGAUGAGUAACUCCCGGAAUAACCGGGUGAUGGUGGAAGGGGUCGGGGCCCGGGUAGUACGCGGCCCGGACUGGAAGUGGGGGAAGCAGGACGGCGGCGAGGGCCAUGUGGGCACGGUCCGGAGCUUCGAGAGCCCCGAGGAGGUGGUAGUGGUGUGGGACAACGGCACCGCGGCCAACUAUCGCUGCUCCGGGGCCUACGACUUGCGCAUCCUGGACAGCGCGCCCACGGGCAUCAAGCAUGAUGGAACCAUGUGUGAUACCUGCCGGCAGCAACCAAUCAUUGGCAUUCGAUGGAAAUGUGCAGAAUGUACAAAUUAUGAUUUGUGCACUGUUUGUUAUCAUGGAGAUAAACAUCAUUUAAGACAUCGCUUUUAUAGAAUUACCACACCAGGAAGUGAGCGUGUUCUGUUAGAGUCUCGUAGAAAAUCUAAGAAGAUUACAGCCAGAGGGAUCUUCGCAGGUGCCAGAGUGGUACGAGGAGUGGACUGGCAAUGGGAAGAUCAGGAUGGAGGAAAUGGACGAAGGGGAAAGGUAACAGAAAUCCAGGACUGGAGUGCAUCAAGCCCACAUAGUGCAGCAUAUGUUCUCUGGGAUAAUGGUGCUAAGAACCUUUACAGAGUCGGCUUUGAGGGCAUGUCUGAUCUCAAGUGUGUCCAGGAUGCCAAGGGAGGUUCUUUCUACAGAGAUCACUGCCCUGUGCUAGGUGAGCAAAAUGGCAAUAGGAAUCCUGGUGGAUUGCAGAUCGGUGACUUGGUAAAUAUAGAUCUUGACCUAGAAAUUGUACAGUCUUUGCAGCACGGUCAUGGAGGAUGGACUGAUGGCAUGUUUGAGACUUUAACUACAACUGGAACUGUUUGUGGCAUUGAUGAAGAUCAUGACAUUGUAGUACAGUAUCCAAGUGGCAAUAGGUGGACCUUCAAUCCUGCUGUUCUCACGAAAGCAAACAUUGUCCGAAGUGGGGAUGCUGCUCAGGGUGCAGAAGGAGGCACCUCACAGUUUCAAGUGGGUGAUCUUGUACAAGUUUGUUACGAUCUGGAAAGAAUCAAACUUCUACAGAGAGGACAUGGAGAAUGGGCUGAAGCUAUGCUCCCAACUUUAGGUAAAGUUGGCCGAGUACAACAGAUUUAUUCGGACAGUGAUUUAAAGGUGGAAGUUUGCGGAACAUCUUGGACAUAUAAUCCAGCAGCAGUUUCCAAGGUGGCAUCUGCAGGAUCAGCCAUUAGCAACGCAUCUGGUGAAAGACUCUCCCAACUCUUGAAGAAAUUAUUUGAAACCCAAGAAUCUGGUGACCUCAAUGAAGAAUUAGUUAAGGCUGCUGCCAAUGGAGAUGUUGCUAAAGUGGAAGACUUGCUAAAACGACCAGAUGUGGAUGUAAAUGGACAAUGUGCUGGUCACACAGCUAUGCAAGCUGCUAGUCAGAAUGGACAUGUUGACAUUUUGAAGUUACUUUUGAAGCAAAAUGUGGAUGUAGAAGCAGAGGAUAAAGAUGGAGAUAGAGCUGUUCACCAUGCAGCUUUUGGAGACGAAGGCGCUGUCAUAGAAGUGCUGCACCGAGGCAGUGCUGACUUGAAUGCUCGCAACAAGCGCCGACAGACGCCGCUUCAUAUUGCUGUCAAUAAAGGCCAUCUGCAGGUGGUGAAGACUUUAUUGGACUUUGGCUGUCAUCCUAGCCUCCAGGAUUCUGAAGGUGAUACCCCUCUUCAUGAUGCAAUAAGUAAGAAACGUGAUGACAUUCUGGCAGUUCUUCUAGAAGCUGGAGCAGAUGUUACCAUUACAAACAAUAAUGGAUUUAAUGCUCUACACCAUGCGGCACUAAGAGGAAAUCCCAGUGCAAUGCGUGUUUUGCUAUCUAAAUUACCAAGACCAUGGAUUGUGGAUGAGAAGAAAGAUGAUGGUUAUACUGCCUUGCAUCUGGCUGCCCUUAACAAUCACGUAGAAGUGGCCGAACUGUUGGUACACCAGGGUAACGCUAACCUGGAUAUCCAGAAUGUGAACCAGCAAACUGCCCUGCACCUUGCUGUUGAACGACAGCACACCCAGAUUGUGAGGCUUUUGGUCCGUGCAGGUGCCAAAUUAGAUAUUCAGGAUAAGGAUGGGGAUACUCCUUUGCAUGAAGCUCUGAGGCAUCACACCUUGUCUCAACUACGUCAGCUCCAAGAUAUGCAAGAUGUGGGGAAGGUCGAUGCUGCAUGGGAGCCAUCCAAAAACACAUUAAUAAUGGGACUUGGUACCCAGGGGGCGGAGAAGAAGAGCGCAGCAUCUAUUGCCUGUUUUUUGGCUGCCAAUGGUGCUGACCUUAGCAUUCGAAAUAAGAAGGGCCAAUCACCACUUGAUCUCUGUCCUGAUCCAAGUCUCUGCAAAGCACUGGCAAAGUGUCAUAAGGAAAAAGUCAGUGGUCAAGUGGGUUCUCGAAGUCCUUCUAUGAUUAGUAAUGAUUCUGAAACCUUAGAAGAAUGCAUGGUGUGCUCAGAUAUGAAGAGAGAUACUCUUUUUGGGCCAUGUGGACAUAUUGCUACCUGUUCUUUAUGUUCUCCACGAGUCAAGAAAUGCCUCAUCUGUAAAGAACAAGUUCAGUCCAGGACAAAGAUUGAAGAAUGUGUGGUAUGCUCUGACAAGAAAGCAGCUGUUCUUUUUCAGCCUUGUGGACACAUGUGUGCUUGUGAGAACUGUGCUAGUCUGAUGAAGAAGUGUGUGCAGUGUCGGGCAGUAGUUGAACGAAGAGUGCCUUUCAUUAUGUGUUGUGGAGGGAAAAGUUCAGAAGAUGCCUCUGAUGACAUCUCAAGUGGAAAUAUUCCAGUGUUACAAAAGGACAAAGAUAAUACCAAUGUCAAUGCAGAUGUGCAAAAGUUGCAGCAGCAGUUACAGGACAUUAAAGAGCAGACCAUGUGCCCUGUGUGUUUGGAUCGUCUGAAGAAUAUGAUUUUCCUCUGUGGCCAUGGAACGUGCCAGCUCUGUGGAGACCGAAUGAGUGAAUGUCCUAUUUGUCGCAAGGCUAUUGAACGAAGGAUUCUUUUGUAUUAAGAGACUGUGUUUUCUUAGCUGAAGUAUUUGGUCAUGAGCUCUUCUUAGUAAGCCAUUAAGCUAGUUGGAGGUUCUAAUGAAUUAAUUUUUAAUAUCAUAUUUUCUUUCCUAGAGUGUAAUUAGACUGUAAAUGUGCCAGAACAAAAAACCUCUACAAGACAGUGUUUGAAGUUGUGGUUUUUGUUUUUGUUUCUUUUAAUUUGAAACAUCAAAUCCAUGUAAUUCAUAGGUAAUUUACUUGUCACUUCUAAGGGGAAAAUCCUUUAAGGAUCUCCUGUUGUUUUUGUUUUUAUUGCAUUUUUUUCUUAUAGUUUAUAAAUUUGUUAGACCUCAAGAAAUGUAGUUCCUUAUGAUCAGCUAUCUUUCAGUUUAUAUGAUUUUACACAGUGGGUUGACAUAGGUACUCAGAACAGUCAUGCAUCGAAUGAACAGGGCAAGUCAAACCAUUAGGUUACAUGUAUUAAAUGACAAAAUUAGAAUAUAAGUUAUACAUAGUUAAUACUGCAGAGAGGAUUAUCUUUUUAAGAUAAAAAGUUACACAAAUGAUUGAUUCUGAAUUUUUAGAGUAAAUGGAAGCAUGGAAUGAGAGAGUAGUGACUUUGCAUUUAGCUUAAUUUCUAGACUUAAAAGGAAAAUUGUUUAACUUGAACCAAAUUUCAAGAUGAUUGACAUGGAAAGGAAAAAUAAGCAAUCAUAGUGGGGUACUGAAGUGGGGGAAGUGGCCAAAAAUGAGUACCUAUUACCUGACCAUCAACAGUUGCCUUUCAUAUAUGUUAAUCUAUACACUGUUCUGUUUACCAACCAUUAAAAAAAAAGUCUGUGAAAAGUGUACCUCAGUUUUCCCUGUGGUUACUUAUCCAGACUUAAUCUGACCAGUGAAACAGUGUUGCCCUCUUUGGGCAUCUGAGGUCUCAUGUAGCUUUUCUUGUGUACUGAAUAGUACCCCAGUGAUCUGAGAAGGAUAAUGCAUUGUCCCAAAGCAGCAAUCUUUUUCUUGUCCAUAUCUGUUCAUUCUGACAGUGAUACUGGUUCUGUCUUCAUCAUAAGCCCUACUUCCAUUUUCUUUCAGUUGCUAAGGCUGGUAAGAAAACACUAUCUUUAUACCAACAGGUGAGGAUAUUUAAAUUGCCAACAGUAUCCAAGACAUAGUAAGUAACCUAAUAAUAAAUACUUACUUUAGAAAGCGUGACCAGGACAUUUACAGAAAUAUGUCUGAUUACCUGUACUUUCUUUUUUGUUUGUUUUUUUUUAAACUCAGACUGAUUCUAGAGCAUCUGGUCAUUUUCCUGCCUUUGAAUGAGUAGUCUUACUCUGUCUAUAGGACGAACCUACAUUUAAUAAGUGUUUUGGGGUCAUUGCUGCUAGAUUAUAAAAAUAUCAGCUGUUUACAGUGAUGUCUACUAUAUACUGUGUACAAGCUUAUUCCUAAGGGUGUAGUUAUCUGGUAUUUUUUUCCUUUCUUUGAUUCUGGUUCUUCUUUUUUCUUUCUUUUUGUUUUUUUGUUUUGUUUUGUUCUGUUGUUACAACAACAAAAUUUAAGAAUAUUCCUGGCAAGUUAAUGGCUUUUGCCUUUGCAAGUCCUGGUGAAAAUAGUGGUGAGCUUUGCUGGCUGAUUUUUUAGUCUCAGUAAUUGCAUAUCUGUGUUUAGCUGAAUAACUUAGGAUUUAGAACAAUAAAAUUUUUAUAAAUUUUAAAUUUGAAAAUUUAUAUGGAUUCUGUUAUCUAAUAAAGGGCCAAUGAGGCUGUUUUUUAAGCCAUAUUUUAAAGUUAUAGAAAGAUAGAACAUCUGACAUGAUGUUCACUUAACGAAAUAGGCUGUUUUCUUUUAGAUUUGAAAAUAGCAAAAAUCAGGAUUUUUUUUUUCUUCCAUGCCAUAGGCUGCCCAUCUCUUUUUCACUAGAUCAGCUGGAGAGGAGGAAACACCUAGCUGACUUGUAGCAUGGUUUGGCAAUCCAGUGAAUUCUGUGGUCUAGAGCUCUACUUUACUUAAAUCCUUUUUGUCUUUGGAACUUGCAGUGCUUAAACUUACAUCCCUAAAAGACAAUUUCAUUUUCCACACUAGUUUAUUUCUUCUACAUACAUAUAAAAUGCAAUUAACGUAAACUAUUACAAAGAGUCAUAAGGUUGCUAUGAUUGUAAUGCUGUGUACUUGUGGAUUUUCUGUAUUUGUACCACUUUGAAAUUUGUUCAGUGAAUAGAAGCUGUUUCUCUAUUCAUGUUUUCAAGUAUCUGAAGAAUUAUUUUAAGUUUAUUUUGUGUUUGUGAACAAGAAUAAGAUUAAGAACUGAGUUGUUUAAAUGACCUUCUUCUAAUUCUGUGAAAUCGCUACCUCUUAUAUGUCUCUCAGCAGCACUUUCCCAGUUAGAUAUGUUUCCUUCUCAUCAGUUCAUCAUCAUGUGCCUCAGAAGAGCUUUUACUUUUCCGAGAAUCAUUAUAUAAAACAUAGCAGACAUUCAUUCAAAAACGUAUUUAUUGGGCCUCGGGGGCUAGAUAACACAGCGUUGAAAAAAUGGUCAGCAUCUUAGCACACACAGAAUCUAUCAUGCAGCAGUUGUGCAUUUGAAGAAACCUAGAGCCAAGAAGGGAUCCAGAGGUACUGAUAACAUUUCUUCCUAAUGUUUCAGAAGAGUUGUCAUUAAGUAGCAUUUGGAUUCCCUCUCUGUUCCCCUCACUCCUACUAUGUAUUCUCCUCUAAGACUAUCAGCUUUGUUGCCAGAAACUCACACCCAACUUACUAGAUGGUGCUAUUCUACUCCUUUUUGUUCACAUAAUUUAACGUUCUUACUGCUUAUACUAUAUUUGUAUUUAAUUUUAUUGGGAGCAAGAAGGCUUGCAAGAGAGGAUCAUUUUGCAUUAGUGUAGGAAUAGUAUAUUAGACAGAUGUUUAGUUUAGCUGGCCAAAUCAUAAUUAGACAUAAUUUGUAAUUUUAAAACAUUGCAGAUUGACCAGCUUGUUACUGAGACAUAAGAUUAAUUGAUGUUGAAAAAAGCGUUCUUAAAUUUGUUAUCUUUGGUGGCUUCAGCCUGUAAGAGCGUUUUAGCAUAUUGAAAUGCAUGCUGCUUGAGAUUUGUCCAGUUGGAAUUUCAGAGCUUGCUGGUUCUUGUUCUUGUUUACUAUGAAUUUUGGACGCUUUCCGACUAGGAAUUAGUUACGCUUAUAAACUAAGAGACUUAGUGAUGGGAUAGGGCAGGGGCGGUAUGGAGUUGAAACAAGAAAGAAAAGUCAGUGUUUGAAUUUAGAGAAAGAAGGGGUUUGAGAACUCAUGUAGAUUUCAGCAAAGCAGUAAGCAGAAAGAGUAUACUUGAUAGAGUAAUAAAAAAGGUUUUUUAGCCAGUUUUUAGUGUCAUUUAAUUGACAGUUGCUUUGUAAACUAUACAAUUUAACGCAUCUGGCUUUAAGAAAAAGUCCAAAGGCAAAGCACCUAUCCUGUCAAGAGUAUCUAAAAUGAUAUAGUAAUAGUUUGUGUAAAAUUGAAUUUUUGGAAUAGAAUUCUUCUUUGCAUUUUUUUAAUUGUAAAAACACUUAACAUGAAAUUUACCAUCUUCACGAUCUUUAAGUGUACAGGUCAGUAGUGUUAAGUAUAUUCAUGAUAAUUAAAUGGCUAUCCAAAACUUUCUCGUCUUGCAGAACUGAAACUUUAUACCCAUUAAACAACUCCCUUUUCUCUCCUCCCCCUGAAUGGAAUAGAAUUUUCAUUAAAUAUAAAUCAAGAAACGACCUGAAUUAUCUUAAUAGUUUGUUUGUGUUUGCAAGAUUUAAAGUCCUAGUCAACAUUAAGUUCCUAAAUUUGGGGGGUGACAGAAUUUCUUCCCUUCCUCCCAACUGUUAUAAAUCACAAUUGGGUUGGGGUUAAAUGUCUGUUAAUUGGAAGGGUUUGUUACUUCAUUUGGAGCCAGGGUGGGGGUGGUGGGACACAUUUUCAACAGUAGAAUUAGUUAGCUUUAAAUUUGUAGUGAAUGGGGAAGGUAAUAGAUUUUCACAGACUAUGUGUGCCUUGUAGAGAAUGUCAGUUGUCUUUAAGUCUCCUUGUAACAGUCUCAAAAUAUUUUUUUUCUCUCAAAAACGCAACCUAAUUUUAUUUGCUUGAAUAUUAUGAUAGGAAUGCUUACUGAUAUUACUUGAUAAUCAUGAUAGCCUUGGAACUUAUAUAUAUAAACUAUAGCAGUAUUAAUAAUCACAGUUGUACUUCUUUAAAACAUUAAAUUUGAGGAAGAACUAUUUAAUACUGUCUCAUGUGUACAUUGUUUUGCUAUAGUGAGGGGGAAAAUUCUUUAGAUUGAGACUUAGUUUACUGAUAAAUGGUGUUAGUAGAGGAUGAAACUAAAGUAUGAGAAUAUGAACGAGUUAGUGGAGCUGAUGAAUUAAAAUUGUAAGUUGCUACAUUGGCAUUUUCUACCUCCUUUUCUGUCAGAGUAUUGCUUUUCCAGCUUUUAUUCUUUUUUGUGACUAAGGAAGAGAUGGGAACCCGAGGUUCAAAUGGAAAUUUUUAUGUUGUUGAGGAUUUAAGCAGUAGGUACAGGAAGGGUGAUUUGCCACAUCAAUUUGGUGCGUAAAUCCAUAACGAGAGGUGAUGAUGGACAUGUACAAAGUGUGUAAGAAAGAUAAUAUUGCUGAAUGUUUUGCUUUCCCUGUACAGUCCAAAUGACUUUGUUUCAUAAAUGUGACUUCUUUCCUCCAAAAUGCAAAAUGGUCUUGUAAUUUUCUAUAAAAUAAACAAAUAUACCAUUUUGUCUGAAAUCUGUUAACUUCAGGAAGCUAUUUGAAAGUUCUGACUCAGGGCUUUGUAACAAUUUAAGCAGUUGUUAAUUAUGUUUUGGAAAAUCCAGCUACAUAAUUCUUUAGUGCCUUGAAAGAAUUAUUAACUUGGCAACACUACAAAAACUCCCUACGAGGAGGUCUUUAGUGUAGGGUACCAUCACACAUGCGUUUAUAAGGUGUAUUGCUCAGCUUGUGUGAUAGCAAUACUGCAUUGUGUGCUGGGUUUGGGUAAUUCUUUAAAGGAAGUUUUCUAGGCUUACACUUGAUAUUUGCUUUUUAAAUAACGGAUUACUUAUGGCCAUGACACUGUUACCAGAAAAGUAAUUCUAUAAAUCAUUAUGCAAAGUCAUGUAUAAGUAGCAUCUGGGAAGAAGAGCUAGGGUUCAUACUGUUGGUUAUUUUAAUAUGAAAGGAGGGUCUGUUUGGUAAACACAGAUUGUCUUCCCCUCAUGAAAAAAAGACCUUUUUUGUUCAAGUGAUUUGGUUUAAAGAAAAAUUUUUUUAAGGAAAUCAUGGAUAGCAUGUUCUUAAUGGUAGUCUUAGCCUGAAUCCACAAAAUUGGUUUUCUGUUCAUUUCAGUAUGCUUGUCAUUCUAAAUACAGUAUAUUCAGUGUGAUAGAAAGUUUAAUUGACACAUAGCAGUGUUUUGCUUUGUAUUUUUUCCAGUGUUUUUUAGCUCCCACUUGAUUAAAGUCUUGCUUGUGAAUAUAGUUUCUGUACGGCAAAUCAUUCUUGCUUACUAGCUUUUGUUAAAAAACACUUAGCAAGAGCUAAGCUUUUAAAAAUAAAUGCAAACAUUUACUGUUAUAUAAUAAAACUUACAAUUGUAAUAUUAUAUAAUGCUUUUCUCUGAUCUUUUGAAAGUAUUCCUUAUAUGAAUUUUCAUUUUUAAGGUAUUUGAAAACAUAUCUCAAUAUAUCAGAUCUAUUAUUGGAAAGGAAAUUAUGUCUUUGAGAAACAAGUUACAUACAUCUCUACUCAAUAUAGGACAUAGAUGCCUACAUCUAGAAGGCUGUCAUAACACUUGUUUACAUUUAAGGUACCUCUCUCUAAAGGGCCAAAGAAGUUUUUCAUAUUUUAACACCUCACACUCUUUCAGGAUAUUGUGAAAUUAGUCUGAGUAGGAUAAAUUUGAUAGAAAAUCAGUCAACCAGUCAGGAAGACUCAACUUUUUUCUACAAAGGUUUAUUCCUCUUCAUAAUUCAGGUGUAGAUUUCAUUUUCAAAACGUAUACAUUUUAAAGCAGUGAUUUAUUUGGCUUUUUUAGAAGUGUUUUGUGACUAAAUCAGUAAUUGAAUGGUUUGAAGUUAUUUUAUUUCUCAAGUUAAUAGAAGCAGUUGUCAUUAUUGAGAGGUUGUCUGGUUCUAGUUCAAAAGAUUCAGCAUGUUUAUCUGGAAUGUUUAAGAGGAAAACCAUCUGAAACAAAAAUUUUUAAUUGUUUCUUUGAAAAAAAUGUGUAUUCCAACCUUAAAAUUGUGAAUUUAUUUUUGGAUAACCUCUAACUAACUGUAUUUCUGUUGCUGUAUAAUUAGAUAUUUCAUGGCAAUAUUUUUUAUUAAAUUGGAACUGUAUAGGUUUUUAAAAUAAAGACAUUUUAGAAAAUCUGA